AUGCUGAAUAAGCAGAUCACGAGCGUCAUUGCCACAAGGUUCGGCAAGUUACUGGUGACCGAGUCGAACGCGGGCAUUGUACUCCUGAAGUUCCUCGACCAAAAUGACCAAGAAACACGAGCAGAACUGGUUUUGGGAAAAUUUGCAGAAGAGGCGAAACGGUGCAUCAAUGGCCUAGACUGGAGCCCUCCACAAAACCCACCAAUUGUCCUCCAGGGCACCGAUUUCCAAACUGCCGUCUGGGAGGAGCUUUGCCGUAUCCCGAUGGGUUCUACGGUUACCUAUACCGAGCUUGCUGAACGAAUCGGAAAACCGACGGCCGCCCGAGCUGUGGCCAAUGCGUGUGGCCGGAAUCCGAUUUGCCUGAUCGUCCCCUGCCACCGGGUAGUCGGCUCCAAUGGAAAUCUCGGCGGCUACAGUUGCCCCCUCGGUACCGAGAAGAAGGUCGAGCUGCUUGCGGCGGAAAAAGAGGCGCUGCAUGUUAAAACCAAAACUUUCUUGCACGUU